GUUAAGCGGGCGUCGGCUGUGUUCUGUUGUGUAUGUCAUCAUACUUUCUCUUGUAUUUUUUGGUGAGGUGUGAGACUUUCUAGUCCUCUCCAUGAGGCUAGUAUUGGAGGCGGGAAUAUGGACACCCAGAAAGAUGCACCACCUCCCAAGCAGCAGCCCAUGAUAUACAUCUGUGGAGAGUGUCAUAGAGAAAAUGAAAUAAAUGCAAAAGAGACCAUCCGAUGCAGAGAGUGUGGUUACAGAAUAAUGUACAAGAAGAGAACAAAAAGAUUGGUUGUAUUUGAUGCCCGAUGAAGAAGUUGAAGAUGCUUCUGAUUUCUCGCAAUGUGUUCUUUACAUGCUAAAUUUAUUGCUGUGUUUGUUAUGAGAAAGCAUAUCCUGAUAGUGUAAAUUAUUCAGUAAUCAUAAUAAAAUUCUAUUCAAA